AUGCUGAAGAUCCUGCGCCAGAGAGAGGAGGAGAUGAAGGAGAAGGAGAGCAUCAUUGCUCGACUGAUGGAAGAAAAGCAGGCGGCCUCGGAAGAAGCGAGUGCGCUUAGUAGCACCAGGGAUCGCUUGACGGCCAAACUUGAAGAGAAGACGCAGGAGUUGCGCAAAGCGGCUUAUUUCGACAAGGGCCUCUCGCGUCGGAGGAAAGAGCAGCUCACGAAGCAAGUCAAAAGACUUCACAACUGCACCCUCCACAUCAAGGGUCUCAAGGCGCAGAUUGAAGGGCUCGGCCAUGUACCUGUUUCCCCACCAGUGGUGGGAGACAGCACUGCGCCUCCGCCAUCUUCUUCUGCAUUGGAAGAGGCAGCCCCUGUUGAAUCUCCUGUAACACCCUCCGCUGUUGCAUCACCUCCUGUCGCGUCCACUUCCCCUGCUGACCCACAAUCUACGAUGCAGAGCCGCUGGGCGGAGGCAACUGGUCCAACCCAACAUGCUACAUUUCACGGAGAUCCCGGUGAAGGAUCAUGGAAAUUCGUGGACACUUUUCAAUGUGAUAUCAAGACACUGACAGCAUGGCAAGACGGCCAGAUGGAGGAGAGUGGAAACUCAUGGGCGCUUCUCAGCGUGAUAUCGACAGACUGA